AUGAGAGAUAAGGCGUCUCGGUCAGAUACUAAAGCUCCGGCACGUACUUAUGCUAUCCGAGCAAAGGAAGAAGCUACAGCUCUAGACGUAAUUGCUGGUACAUCCUAUCUUUUUGAUGUUACUGUAAAUGUAUUGAUUGACCCUGGGUCUACACAUUCUUAUGUUUGCACUGCAUUAGCAUCAGAAAAGAAAUUGGUUGUUGAACCUACUGAUUAUUAUGUUCAAGUCACUAAUCCAUUAGGCCAAAGUGUAAUAGUUAAUUUAGUGUGUCAUGAUUGUCCACUGAAAAUAAAAGGCUAUGAAUUCCCUACUGAUUUGAUGUUACUAACUUUUCGAGAAUUUGAUGUUAUUUUGGGUAUGGACUGGUUUACGAAGCAUGAUGCUGUAGUAAAUUGUAGAGAAAAAUGGAUUGAUUUGAAAUGUCAGACAGGAGAGAUGAAUAUUGUUGAGUCUUCAAAUCCGAAAGAAAUUGUUGGAAUUAUUUUAGGUUUUUCAGCUCAGAGACUAAUGCAAAAAGGUAAUAAGGCAUUUUUAGCCUACAUUCUUGAUACUCGGGAUUCUAAAUUGAAGCUAGAACAGUUACCGGUUGUUAAUGAGUUUACUGAUAUUUUUCCUAAGAAAUUGUCAGGUUUACCACCUGAUCGUGAAGUUGAGUUUGUGAUUGAUGUGGUUCCAAGAACAACUUCGAUAUCAAUAACACUAUACAGAAUUGCACCGGCUGAGUUAAAGGAAUUAAAGACACAGUUGCAAGAAUUACUAGACAAAGGGUUCAUCAGACUGAGUAUGUCUCCUUGGGCUGCACCUGUUUUAUUUGUGAAAAAGAAAGACGGAUCUUUGAGAUUAUGCAUAGAUUACAGACAGUUGAACAGAGUCACGAUUAAAAAUAAAUAUCCCUUGCCCCGUAUUGACGACUUGUUUGACCAAUUGAAAGGUUAUUACAGCCAUUUUGUCAAGAAUUUUUCGAUGAUUGCUUCACCAAUGACCCGAUUAUUACAGAAGAAUAUUGAAUUUGUAUGGCCUGAUGAGUGUCAAAAGAGCUUUGAUCAGUUAAAGAAGAUGUUGAUAGAGGCUUCAGUUUUGACUCAGCUAGAAUCAGAGUUGAAAGCAAAAUCUAUGUUCCUUCAACAGAUUCAUGAAUUACAAGAUGAAGAUCUGAAAUUGGUGUUGAAAUGGCAGAUGACUGAUGGGCAAUCAGAACGAGUAAUUCAGAUUUUGGAAGACAUGUUGAGAUGUUAUAUUCUUGAGUUUGGAGGUAACUGGGAAAGUUUGAAGGCUACUUCUGACCGUCAGAAGUCAUAUGCAGAUUUGAAAAGAAGAGAAAUAGAAUUUGAUGUGGGUGAUCAAGUGUUCUUAAAAGUUUCAUCGUGGAAGAAAGUAUUGCGGUUUGGUAGAAAAGGGAAACUGAGCCCAAGAUUUAUCGAACCGUAUGAGAUUGUUGAAAGAAUUGGUUCGAUGGCUUAUCGGUUAGCUUUGCCUCCAGAACUUGAGAAAAUUCCAAAUGUGUUUCAUGCAUCGAUGCUGAAAUGGUACAAAUUAGAUCCUUUACACGUAAUUCCUUACAGUGAAAUUGAGCUUUAA